GCGCUGUGAGGAGUUCAGUAAUAUUGUUCAACGAGAAGGUGUCCGAUGCUUGCAUUUUGCGGCUUUGAGAGACAAAGAUUCUGGAUAUGAUAUAUAGCUGUAAUCCUUUCCGAGUGGAUCUUUUUUACAGAACAGGAUAUUUCGAAAGAGAAAACACCGAGGUGUUGAAUUUGCAGGGUGACCAGUCUGCUAUGCUGACCAAAUGUUUCUAAGAUGGCCAUUUCGACCAAGACAGAGGAAGUUCUGUACACUGUUGGCCAUCAUUACAGGAAUAGUGUUGGCACCUAUACUUUACAAAAGGUUCAGAUGCAACCAGUCUGGUGUUCCACCAUCACAAUGGAGCCACAAUUCCAAAGAUCCUCGGUUUGUGACAGUCUUCCCCGACGCAGGCACCCCUGUUGGCCAUACCGGUGACGGCCGGAAGCUUGUCCUCCUGUGGACAUCCUUCUUCACAGGACUCGUGUGGGAUGCUGACCACAACGUCUUCCAGGACUGUCCAGUGACCAACUGCGAGGUGACCACAAACAGACACCUCCUCACGUCGAGUCACGCUGUGCUUUUCAAUGUCCGAGAUUUAUCUGACCAUCUUGACAGUCCGCUACCCUCAUCCCGAACUACAGAUCAGAUCUGGAUUCUACAUAACACUGAGCCUCCCUAUUAUAUAUAUCUCCCACUGAGCAAGUUCAAUGGUGUAUUCAACUGGACUAGCUGGUACCGUAAAGACGCCACAAUCUUUUCUCCAUAUGGGCAAUGGGUACCAUUAAAUCCUCAAGACAAAAUUUUGCAUUUUAGGGAAGAAAAUUACCACAGGAAGAAAGCAAAAAUGGCAUUGUGGGUGAGCAGCAACUGUAAUGAUCGCAGCAAUAGAAUUGAUGUUGUUCGAGAACUCCAACAGUAUGUAGGAAUUGACAUAUACGGUAAAUGUGGUAAUCUGGAUUGUAAAAAGAGCUGUAAAGACGUGUUUGAUGACUACAAGUUCUAUUUGUCAUUUGAGAAUGGGUAUUGUCGUGACUACUUGACAGAAAAGUUCUGGCGACCUAUUAUUCGGGAUCAGAUCCCGGUUGUACGAGGCGGAGCUGACUACAAAACAAUGGUGCCACCUGGGUCCUACAUUAACGUGGAUGACUUUGAAAGUGUCAAAGCUUUGGCUCAAUAUCUGCUUAAAGUUGCGAGGAAUGAAUCUCUGUAUAAUUCCUAUUUUUCCUGGAAGAAGGAUUACAGGCUGCUCCCUAAUGGGUGGACACGUAUGAACUGGUGCGGCCUCUGUGAACGUCUGCAUGAUGUCAAGCAGCCAGCACAGGUGUACUCCAAUCUCCGGGGAUGGGUGCAGCAAGACACGUGUCGCUAUGGAGAUGGCUGUGCAUUAUAAUGCUGUGUGGAUGUGGCUGUCUCUUAAAUACAGAAGACAUUUUAGUCACCUUUUUGUAGAACUUUUUUUUAUCAUUACCAAUGGUUGAAAAGCACUUUAAUUUAAGCAGUGAUCUUGAAAAGGCCUUAAAAUGUCUUGUGAUCAAAAGAACUUGAAUUUCAUGUGUUUUUUUGUUUGUUUAUUUGUCAGAUGAUUGUUCUGAAUUUAUUCAUUUAUACUUAAAAGUACUGUCAUUUUCAGUGGCCCAUAAUUAAUUUUGAUUUUUUUUUCAGCGAAAUAGUACUUGAAAACUUAAUUUAGUCUUUGGAAAGCCUUUUUGAAGCCUUUAAAUUUAGGACAUAGUGACAGUUUUGGAUGAACCAUGUUACCAAUUUUGAAAAAUAUCUUUGGGUCAUUUUUGAUGACAAUGUCAUGGAAAAGGAACCAAUAUGAAACCUUGAAAUAAUGAGAGAGCAUGAGAUAUAAUUUAAUGAUUAUUAGAUGUUUCCACUACAUAGUCAUGUAUGCAUCACUCGUUGAAUUGAUAAACAUGGUUGAUAUUGUUCAUAUCUACAUGGUGUUAAACCAGGAUGGCUUAUAUACUGAUCAAAUUAAAUAAGGGAACAUAGCAAUACAGCAGAAGGAAGUCACUUGUGUUCAAUGUAAAUGCUUCACAUUGACAAAAUAAGUCUUGAAGUGAACUGUUGGUAUCAAAUGUCACAACACUGCCAGACAACCUCCGAUCAUUUACAGAACACAUUCUGGAUAUCAUAUCAAACAUAUGUUCCCUUAUUUAUUACUUUCAGUAUUAUUACUGUUAACAGCUGUUGGGUAUGUUGUAGGUUAUAUGAAGCAAGAUCUGUUAUGUCGUAGGUUGUCAUGGUGAUAUGAAGCAAGAUCUGUUAUGUUGUAGGUUAUUUGAACCAUAUGUAAUAUAUGUAAAGGGAUAUGUCCUGCAAAAUCUUUUUGUUUCAUGAUAAUCAUAUUUGUGGGCUUAAUGUCCGUAGCUAUGCAACUUUUUGAGAACAGAGUAAGCUAGUAACAUUUUCCAUUUUUUUUCAGAAGUCUUUGUCUUAAAACCAAAUAUUUUUGUCAUUAAUUAUGUUCAAUUAUAACAAUUUUCUAUGCUAUAAUGUAGCCAUGGUGUUUGUGGAUGUUUUAUAAAAUUCAGGCAUGUCAAAUAAUUGGUUAUUACCAUUGCAACUGCAGACCUUAUAUUUAAGUUUCUUGGAACAAGAAACAUUGCAUGUACUACAUGUGCUAUUUUCAGUAAUAUAGACAUUGGGAGGGGUUUGCUUGUUGUAAACUAUAUGACUGUAAACAGAAGUAUAGAAUGGAUGUUGUCAGCUUCUUGAUAAAAAUAUAUUUACACAAGGCCAUCCUAUCACUGGACCCGUGAAGAUCCGGGGUAGAAUAGGUCUUCAGCAACCCAUGCUUGCCCUUAAGGGUGACUAUGCUUGUCGUAAAAGGCGACUAA